AAGAUGGAGGGAGUCCCCCCCUAAUUGUUCAUAUUUAGAGCUGUAAUUUAGAGAGAGAAAGUAAUCAAAAGCAUAGGGAGAUAAUUCCAAAUCACAAAUUCACAACCCAACCAAUGAAGAAUCCCAAUGCCACACCACCACCGCACACCCUAAAAGAAAUAAAAAUGUUAAUUUUUGGUGUGUUAUUACAAAUUGAAAUGAAGCAGACCACCUUACUCCACUGUUUGUUUAUAUUUUCUGCCUAAUUUUCUCCAUUAUUAUUUAUUAAACCCAACUCCAACCUUCUUCUCUCUCCCCCACACUCCCCCCAUUUUCUCUCUCUCUCCUCUCUUUCUCUCUCACUCAUUUUCAUCCCACCAAUCCUCCUCCUUCUUCUCUACUAAAACCCUAAUCACUCUCUUCUUUUUCUUUUUUCUUAAAAGUUUUUAUUUUUUUGAUUUUGAUUCUAUCUCUCUUCCCCCGAGAUCGAUCUAUCUAUCUCGGAGGAUGAGAGAUAAUAACAACAGACCCGGACCCGAAGAAGACUCUGCGAUCGGGUCCGGGUCUGUUUCCGGCCAUGGCGGGAUGUCUUCUUCCACCCCGUCUUCUUCUUUGUACACCCCGCCAUGUCCGGAUCAGGUGUUGGAGAACGUUCUCGAGAACGUUCUCCACUUCCUGACCUGUCGCCGCGACAGGAACGCGGCUUCCCUUGUCUGCAAGUCGUGGUACCGCGCCGAGGCGCUUACCCGAUCCGACCUCUUCCUCGGGAACUGCUAUGCGGUGGGUCCUGCCCGUGUCACCGAGCGGUUCAAGAGGGUUAGAUCGGUGCUCAUCAAAGGGAAGCCGCGGUUCGCUGACUUCGGGCUCAUGCCUUUGAACUGGGGUGCUCACUCUACUCGUUGGUUAUCUGCUUUUUCUCAGGCUUACCCUUGGCUUGAAAAGAUUCACUUGAAACGUAUGACUGUAACUGAUUUUGAUCUUGAACUAAUUUCUAAGUCUCUCUUUUCUUUAAAGGAGCUUAUUCUUGUUUGUUGUGAGGCUUUUGGAACUAGUGGACUUGCUGUUCUUGCUUCAAAGUGCAGACAAUUGAGAGUGCUGGAUCUGUUUGAGGAUGAAGUGAAUGAUGAUGAAGUGGAUUGGAUUUCAUUUUUCCCUGAAUCUGGGACUUGUCUUGAAUCUCUUAGCUUUGAGUGCAUUGAUUUUCCUAUUAAUUUCAAUGCAUUGGAGAAGCUCCUAGCUAGAUCCCCUAACUUUAAGAAGCUUAGGGUGAAUCGUUGCGUUUCGAUUGAUCAAUUGUAUCGUUUGAUGGUUCGAGCUCCUCAGCUAACCCAUCUUGGAACUGGGGCUUUUAGUCCUUCGGAGAUUUGGCAACCAUCUGAGCAAGACUUGGAUUAUCGAGCUGCUUUUGCUGCUUGUAAAUCUCUUGUCUGUUUAUCGGGUUUUAGGGAGAUUGUGCCGGUGUUCUUGCCUGCCAUCCAUCCCGUGUGUGCUAACCUCACUUCGUUGAACUUUAGCUAUGCUAAUAUAAAUGCCGAGGAGUUGAAAUCAGUGAUUUGCCAUUGCCACAAUCUCCAGAUUUUUUGGGUUUUAGAUACAGUUGGGGAUGAAGGGCUUCAAGCUGUUGCGUCAAAUUGCAAGGAUCUUAGAGAGCUUCGUGUGUUCCCAAUCGAUGCCAGGGAAGACAGUGAGGGAUUCGUGUCUGAAGUGGGUCUGCUUGCUAUUUCUGAAGGAUGUCGGAAAUUGCAUUCCAUAUUAUAUUUCUGCCAAAGGAUGACAAAUGCUGCUGUGAUUGCAAUGUCAAAGAAUUGCCCUGAUCUUGUGGUGUUUCGGCUUUGUAUCAUGGGCCGACACCGCCCUGACCACAUCACCAAUGAACCAAUGGAUGAAGGUUUUGGAGCUAUUGUCAUGAAUUGCAAGAAGCUCACUCGUCUUGCAGUUUCUGGGCUGUUAACUGAUAAGGCAUUUGAGUACAUUGGGCAAUAUGGAAAAUUGGUGCGCACUUUGUCAGUUGCGUUUGCUGGGGAUACAGACAUGGCACUCAAAUAUGUUCUGGAGGGUUGCCCGAAAUUGCUGAAACUGGAGGUUCGGGAUAGCCCAUUUGGUGAUUCAGUGUUACGAGCUGGUUUACCCCACCUUUACAACAUGAGAUUUCUUUGGAUGUCCGCUUGUAGGUUGACUCUUCCUGCUUGUAGGCAGAUUGCUAGAGAAAUGCCCCAUUUAGUAGUUGAGGUGUUUACUAAUCGUAUGGAAGCUGUUGAUGAUAAGGAAGAAUUUGUCGAUACGUGUUAUAUGUAUCGAUCCCUUGAAGGGCCAAGAACUGAUGUACCAGAAUAUGUGAGGAUUUUGUAGGCUGGAUAUUACCAAGUGAUGACAUGUUUCGGUUGCUCUGACCGUAACCAGAGAAUGAUUUGUCACCCUUAUUGGUGCACUUAUAACGAUGCAGCUCGGUGCUUGCUGCUCUUGUGGAUAAAUGAAAAACCAUGUAUUGAUUCAGAGCUGUUGGAGUUGCAAAGGGAUAAUCAUCACAAAGGAGGGCGGAUUUUACCCCUCAGUGCAUAAGAAAUUGGUCAGUUAGGAAAAUAAGGUUGGAGGUACUGAUCCAUUCGCGGUUGCUGUAUUUUUUUUUUUUUUUUUUUCUUUUUACUUUCAUUUUUCACAUUUUCAAUGUUUUAUUACUCUUUGUGCAUUCAUUUUCUUUGUAUAAGACAAGGCUGCUAGAGAUGGAAAUUGGAAUUGGAGAAAGGUUAUUGAAUUUAUGAACAAUGCAUCAUUUUUUGCCAUGAUACAAAAUCACAAGGAUCGGAUUUAUCAUUCUACAUGGAAAGAUGCUCGUGAGACGGACCUAAAUCGGAGGUUUUCUUUGUAGUUAAAAUGUAACCUAGCAGAAGGCAUAGCCGGAGACUACCAAGUCCCAUUCCCUUCUCAGAUUUCCUUGAAGAAAUAAUGUUUGUUUAUCAGAUGUGUUGAUUGUAGCCUAGCAUCAUCUGACUUGUAAGAAAAUUAAUUAUGUUGUUAAAUUUAGUUUAUGUUAAGAAGGGCAAUAAAUGUUGGUCAUAUUCGUGGGGAUGGACCAGUAAUAAAAUUAAAUGUGGUGGGAGCUGAAUGUCUGCCUUUUUCAUUAGAUGUUGAAUGAUCAUUCUUGAUUGCAGAGGCCCA